UGGUUUGUUUGUGUCAGUAUACAUAGAGAAGAUAAAAAGCUUUGUUUUAAAAGGCGGUGACCGAGUUUUCACACACCUUUUCUUUCUUUUUCUUUCAUCUAUCCUCUUCACCACUGAUUGGCUCGUUAGCUUGGGGGUAUAGUAGCCUGAGCUCAUUCAGUCUCUUUGUCAUCAUAUUUUUAGGUAAAGUCGUAUAAUAAGGCAGUAGGUUCAACAUAUCUUGCAUCUGACGCCUGCCAUUUAACAAGAGUUAUAAAGCUGCUUUGCACAAAAUCCCUUCAAAGUGAUUUUAGGAAUGACUAAGAGCUGACAAAAUGGACCGUCAAGAAUUUUCAAGUGGAUCAUUACAUGCGUCAAGAGUACUAAAAGAACUUUCAUUGUUCCGCCAUUUUACUGCUCUGUGUGAUGGCACAGUGAAGCUCACUGAUGGAACUGUGAAAAUUAGCAAAGCUCUCCUAGCUGCUGGAUGUCCAUAUUUCAAGGUUCUCUAUGAGUUUGAGGAGGAAGUGCAUCAUGGCUCCUCCACAACUGAGCCAAAGUUGGAGAUUAGUUGCAAAACAUUUGAGCUCAUACUGAAUUUUAUAUACACGGGUAAAGUCGUCCUAGACAAUGAUAAUAUUCAAGACAUCUUACAAGCAAGUGACCUCCUCCUGAUGUCAGAUCUAAAGGAAUUGUGCAUUGAGUUCUUGAUGAACAGAAUUGAUGUGGACAACUGUUUGGGAAUACUUCAAUUUGCUCAGCAAUUCACCUGCCCACGACUUGUUCACUUUGCUCAAGACUUCAUAUACGAACAUUUCAGGCACAGACAAAUAGUACGUACUGAAGAGUUCCGUAACCUGAGUGAGAAGCGUUUGAAGGACCUUUUGUGUCAAGAUGGCCUUAUGGUAAAGUCAGAGGUGGAUAUCCUUACUGCACUUGUGGUGUGGCUCAAUUCCAACCUCACGUCAACUCCAGAUGUUGAAAUUUUGGUUACCAGCUGUUUGCGGGAGUCUUCAGAUCUGAACUAUGAUCCAAAGUUUCAGCGAGCUUUACAAGAUCUUCGGGCUGCUAAUCCUCCUUGGGAUUCACCCGGUGCAGUGAGAGUGUUGGAUGCACUCAAGAAAACGAGAAGAAUUAGAUCCAUUAGAGAGCGUGGCAUGAAGACAGUGUUGGCUUGUAGUGAUGAUGAUGGCAAUAUUUUCCUGGUAGACAUCCUCAGUUCAGGAAAACAUGCAGGUGUCCAUGUGCGUUUACCACCACCUUGUCUUCCUAGGCUGAAACCAUCACUUGUUGUGGAAGGUGGAUAUCUUUUUGCCCUGGGUGGAAUUAGCAGAGAUAGAGUGCUUCAGAGUGAUGUUCAGCGCUAUGAUCCAGAGUCUUACAGCUGGACUCUCAUGUCUCCGAUGCCCGAUCCUUACUGCUCACCACGAGUUGUAGCUCAUGCUGGAAAGAUUUUCCUCAUUGGGGGUUAUGAAAAUGAUGAAGAAAUUGAAAUACCACACUUAGAUGUAUUUGACAUAUAUGCUAAUAAAUGGAGGUCACUGCCGCCCAUACCUAAUGUUCGUCGAGGGGCAGCAGUCGCUGUGGCAGAUGAGAAAAUAUACUAUAUUGGAGGAUCUCCAUGGAAAGAGCUGCCAGACGGUAGUCCAUUUUACAGGGUAGUAGAUGCUGUAGAAGCCUUCUGUAUUAAAGAAGAGGUUUGGGUUGCUGGACCCCCACUCAAAGAACGUAGAAGCCAUGCUACAGCAGUUACUCACGGUGGAAACAUUUUUGUCAUUGGAGGUGCCAGACCAAUUGAAUGUCCAAGUGUACAGAGUCCGGUCAAGGUGACAGGGACUGAAGCUUUCUUCUGUGAUUCUCAGAUGGGUUGGACACCAUUGUCUAAGCUUCGUGUCCCCGGUGAUGCCAAGAUAAAUACAACAGCAUUGGCAAAAAAUGGACAUUUAAUAAUUAUAGGAAAAAGUGAUCGGUCUGUGUACAAGAGAAACAAUUGCUUUGUAAUGGAAAACUCUGGUUGGACAUUAGCUCCAGGAGCUGAGAGUAUAUUGACUUCAGGUUCACACACAUUCAGUAGCUAUGCUCUUCUUGUCUUACCCAUAGCUGCCAUGCAGGAUUUAUUUUCAGCAGAUAGUGAAUGAAAUGCACAGUUGACAACAUUGAAAUAUACUGUAAUCAGCUUUUUUUAACAUUAUUUUUGUUAAGAAUUAACAGUUUGAAUAUUAAUUGUGUAAAUAAGGUGCAAUAUGUCUUCUUUUAUUAUGUCAUAUCAUACACAGUAAAGGUCUUUUUAUCCAACCCUUAUGGGACCUGGGGUAGAUUGAUUAAUUGAUAGAGUAAGCUACUUGGAAGGAGUGUUAUUAUAUAAUAUUUGGUUCAGUGAACAGUGCUCACCUCCUGUCUGAACAGUCUCUGGUUCUUGUCUAGGAUGCCCCCAAUCAACCCAGCUGUUAAUAAGUUCAGUGCAGUGUUGUACCUAACUUUACAUAUGGAGAAGUCUAGUUUGUCAAGUACUGUACACUGCUGGCCAAAGUGUGUGUAUACAAAAAAGGGGGGGGCAACAGGACUCAGAUUCAUAGUGAAGCAGUAAUGUAUAAUUUACAGUACAGGUUGUACCUCUCUAGUCCGGCAACCUCGGGACCUGACCGGUGCCGGACCAUGGAAAUUGCCGGACCAUGGAAAUUCACCCUUUUCCUGGAUAGAUAGUGA